GUGUAUAGAUAUAAACAGAAGUUUUAAGUUAGCAAAUAUAAGUAGAUCCUUAUUCUCAUGAUGCAAUAAGUGCGUCGUAAUUGUUACUAGAGAUUUUCGUAUUGUAGAUUAUCGUUCGAUUCUAUUUUCUUAAUUUGUUGUAUCUAAUUUAACUUGAAAAUACGUGAAUUUCUGUUCUCGCACAAAUGGAGACAAGUUUCAGUAGUACGUUUUAGGUUUACCUUACGUGUUACACAUAGAUGAUGCGAAGCACAUGGAGAGAUAGAGAUCGGGACUUCCAGAAGCGCCGUCCCGGUGGAAACACUACGAAAAAUGAUUUAGCAGAGGCUUUACACAUAACGCAAACUGACAUCAAACCGAUACCGGGAUUUAACACUAAACACGAAGAAAGCUACUAUCGUGCUCAACACGGUAUCGACUGUGAUGAAGUCUAUCCAGGAAUAUAUAUCGGAGAUGCAGCUACAGCAAAGAAUAAGAAGUAUCUACAAAUAUUGGGUAUAACUCAUUUGCUUAAUUGUGCCGAAGGGAAAAGAUUUGGAUUUGUAAAUACUGAUAGGAGUUACUAUCAUGACACGUCAAUAAGGUAUCUUGGCCUGCCACUUGCAGAUGUAUUUACGACGGAUAUCAGCAAGUAUUUUUAUACAGCAGCAGAGUUUAUCGAUGAUGCUGUCUCCAGAGGCGGCAAAGCUUUUGUUCAUUGUAUGUUGGGAAUCUCACGUAGCUCGACAUGCGUGCUGGCAUACUUGAUGAUAAAGAAAGGGAUGCCGGCCACAGAUGCAAUUAGAAUCGUCAGAAAGAAUCGUUUCAUUCAACCGAAUCAUGGGUUUCUUCAGCAAUUGGCACAGUUGGAUAACCAAUUACGGAACCAAUGAUUGUAAUCAGCAAUACUUAUUAAGAAACUAACGGCGCUUCUCAUGCAGUGCAUGGAUAUACGUAAAUGCAAUUUUAUUGGCACAUGUAUAUAAAUUAUUGGAGUAAAUAUCAUCAGGAUAAAUUAUUACAUAUACUAUUUAAACAUGUAUUCUGUGAUUUAAUUUAAUACUGUAAACAUA